UAAAUGGUAAAGCGUUGCUUUUGUUUUUAUUUGCGAUUGCCGGAUUUUCACUGCAUUAUUUUUCUUCGAUAAUUUAUCAUUGCCGUAAUAUUAUAAAGCCGUUUCACGUCCAUGACAAAUCUCCAGUCCAGCGUUGACAACUCUCCACACACAUGCGUGUUGAGGCACAGCGCAACCGACCUUCAAUCCGUCUGGUCUCCCAUAGGCCUCGUUUCAUUGGUCGCAGUUGAAUUACCGCAUCCCCUAGCGCGCCGCCGAUUGGCCCGCGUGCCUGUCAAUCACAGCGCCCCCUUCGCCGGCGCGCUUUGAUUGGCUAAGGCCCCCUUCCCUUUCUCUGUGCGGUGAAUCGCGGCGGUGGGUCGAGUCGCCGCCGCUGAUGCUGGUGUCUCCGGUCGGGCACGUUUAACGUUUCACCACCCCUUCAUAUUUUUCCCCCCAUUCAUAUAUAUCGUGCCCCGCUCCGUGCGCGCGGAAAGAUAACGAUGGCAGCGGUGGCCCGCCUGGAGGGCCGCGAGUUUGAGUACGUGAUGAAGAAGCGCUCGGUGACGGUGGGUCGGAACUCGUCGCAGGGCUCGGUGGACGUGAGCAUGGGCCACUCGAGCUUCAUCUCCCGCCGGCACCUGGAGAUCUUCACCGCCGCCGCCGAGGACACGGGCUCGGGAGAGUUCUACCUGCGCUGUCUGGGCAAAAACGGGGUGUUCGUGGACGGGGUGUUCCUGCGGCGGGGGGCGCCACCCCUGCAGCUGCCGCGAGUGUGCACGUUUCGGUUCCCCAGUACGAACAUCAAGAUCACGUUCACUGCGCUGGCGAGCGUCAAGCGUGAGAAGCAGGAACCGGAGUCUCCAGUGAAAGCAGUUCAGCCACAGAUCUCCCCUUUAACCAUUAACAUCCCAGAUAACAUUGCUCACCUCAUGAGCCCUCUGCCCUCGCCCACCGGCACAAUCAGCGCUGCUAACUCGUGUCCGUCCAGUCCGCGCGGUGCUGGAUCGUCCGGUUACAGACUGGGCCGGAUCGUGCCUGACCUGCAGCUCAUGAAUGAUAACUCUCAGUCCGAGAACGACAAAGAAGCAUCAGAAGGAGACAGUCCAAAGGAUGACUCCAAACCUCCGUACUCGUACGCUCAGUUGAUCGUUCAGGCGAUAACGAUGGCACAGGACAAGCAGCUAACACUAAACGGCAUCUACACACACAUCACCAAGAACUACCCCUACUACAGGACAGCAGAUAAAGGCUGGCAGAACUCGAUUCGUCAUAAUCUGUCCCUGAAUCGGUACUUCAUCAAAGUCCCGCGCUCACAGGAAGAGCCGGGCAAGGGCUCAUUCUGGAGGAUAGACCCAUCAUCUGAGAGCAAACUGGUGGAGCAGGCAUUCAGGAAACGCCGGCCGCGGGGCGUCCCGUGCUUCAGGACCCCUCUGGGACCCCUCUCAUCUAGGAGUGCCCCGGCGUCGCCCAAUCACUCGGGCGUUCUCUCCGCCCACUCCAGCGGUGUGCAGACUCCCGACAGCCUAUCACGGGAAGGCUCGCCUGUUCCCAUGGAGCCAGAGCCCGCCUCUGCCCCGCCCCCUGCUGCUGCUCCCGCCACUGCCGUCCAACCCAAACUAGCUGUGAUUCAAGAGGCCCGUUUUACCCAAAACACCACAGCGUCUCCCAUCACCACUCAGCCGGUUCUGAUUGCGGUCCAGCGUCCGUUAACGCAGACGAUCAAACCCGUCACGUACGCUGUGGCGGCCCCGGUCACGUCCUCCUCGUCUGCGCAGCCGCUGAUGCAGACGGUGCACGUGGUGCACCAGAUCCCCGCGGUGGCCGUCAGCGCCGUGGGCGGGGCCAACCUGCAGCCCGCCAUCAAAAAGGAAACGCUGGAGAACGGAGAGGAGGUCAAAGUGAAGGUAGAGUCGGUUCCCGGCAUCACUCACGGCUCUAUAGGCUCAGCCAGUAGGAUCAUUCAAAGCAGCUCUGCAGCCACGACCCUCCAGACGGUUACCAUAGUGCAACAAGCCCCAUUGGGCCAGCACCAACUGCCAAUCAAAACCAUCACCCAGAAUGGCACUCAUGUAGUGCCCAUUGCCACGGCGAUACAGAGCCAGGCUAACGCAGUGUCGAGUCCGUUACACAUGUUGGCCACUCACGCCUCGGCGUCCGCCUCCCUCCCCAUGAAGAGGCAGAACGGAGAGAACGGGAGCGAGCCGCCGGAGAGCAAGCGGUUGAAAACCGAGGACGAAGAGCACGAAGUCAACACUGACCCCAACGGAACCGCCGCGGACACAAACUCCACCAACCAGCACAACUAGUCACCCGUUAACCACCACCGAUCUCCCUCCCCUUUUCUCUGGUUUUCUCUUUUUCCGUUUUCUCGUUCUCAUCACGGUUUCUCUUCCAUCCAGCAGCUCACUGUGCCAAAACCCAAGGCCCGGGCAGUUACUCCUUUUGAAGCAAAAAAAAAAAAAAAAAAAAAACGUACAAGACCAUCCGUUACUGUCGUUUUCCGCAGCAACCCUUCUGCCCGGUUUUCCUUUUUUCUCAUUCGAACGCUUGAUUGAACAAAACUCGCACCUCGAAACUCGAGAGCAACUGCCAUCUGGUCCGUAACCGGGCGUUUUAUUAGACUUUCACAGAUGUUGGAGGCGUUCGAUCGGCUCGGGAGUCGCGGUGGUUUUUAGCGGCUCGCGGACAGAAUUGGAAAGAAGGAUGCGACGAGCGAUGCCCUCCGGACGCGAUCCUCCGCGGACUCCGAAAAGGAUUCUAGAAGCUCCGGAACUGGCGUGUUCCUCGCGGCGGGCUGAGAAUUCCAGAACUCCCGCUCGCGGAAUCCGGGGUUUUUUUGGGCCGCUGACAACGGAACACGGGCUUCGAUCCAACAUUCCAAAGUUUGGCAGUCCGCUUACGGAGGGGGGGAAAAGCCAAGAGGAUGUCCUGGAAUGGAAUUACACACCAUGAACCACAAAUAGGUCGUUGUCUUUUUUUUUUUUUCUUCUUCUUCUUCUUUUUUAAAUAGUGCAUACUAGGGCUGUACGUGGAGCCAAAGGGAUCAAAAUAUUCCGAAACACAUCAGAUAUUCCUAAACUUUCGGCAGCUAGCCUGACAGCAUCCCCCACAAUCCCCUGCAGCCGUUGUAGUGGAUAAUAUGCAGUAUUUUGUCGUUCAUACAUGGAGCGUAGGAUCUGGGCGUGUUUUCAUUUAUAGAGACGUUUUAAAAAGUAAUAAUAACAAUAUAUAUAUAAGCAGCAGCAGCAGCAUAUGAGCAGAAGAGGACAUGGGACGUCCGGACUGUGUCUGUUUUCUGUUUUGUUAAACUAAGCGUAGUUUCUUUUCUAAGAUGGAUAAAAAUGUAUCAGUGGAGUAUUUCCUUCCUAUGUUUUUCCUUUUUUCCGUGUUAUUUUUAAACCUGAGCAAAACUGGCUUUGUUACACUGACAUAUUUUCAUACAGAUGCUCGAGAGGACGCGUCGUUUCCAUACGUAGUCGAACUGUUUUCAUCCAGCUUGCAUGUAAGGGACUAGAAGAACAUACCUGAGCCGUUGAAAUCAACAUGUAAUCCACAAAAACAAACAAAAAAACCACCACCAACAGCAACGACAGCAGCAGCAAGAUACGAGAAACCGCUUUGAAUCAGACCAGACCUGCACUUGAUCAGACGGUUUACUUUUUUCCCCGUUUCCUUUCCGUUUCGUUCCCUUUUCUUUUUAGGCUGUAUUGGUGUAGGCCGAUUCUGUCUGCUUAAUGAUUUUGAUCCUGGUCAGGCCGGUGUGUCUGACGGAUUAUAUGUGUUUCAAACAAAAGCAAAAAAAAUAUGAUUGAUGUUUGUUCUGCUUCAGUGGGUCAAUGCUUUUUUUUUAUAAAUUAAUUUAAAACCUUA